UUCGGUGCAGUUGUAGCUCCCGUCUAGCAUUACUGGUUCAACCUUGACCAGCCUAUUUGGCUGUCUUCCUUUGAGGAAGGCACAAUAUCACGAGAAAAUGUCACGUAGAGCAAUCAAAGCGAUUAAUUGGGCGGCACUCGCCGAAAGAGUUCCGGAGACGGAAAAAGCGGCGUUCGCUGCCUUCAAAGCUAAGUCUGAUCAAUAUCUGCAAAGAAUGAACUUAUACCCAGAAGCACCGCCUAAGAUCGAUUGGACAUUCUAUAAGAAGAAUAUUGCAGUGCCUGAUUUUGUGGAUAAGUUUCAGAAGGAAUAUGAUGCCUAUUCUGUACCAUAUCCGGCGGAUAAAUAUACUUCUCUUAUUGAUACUAAAGAAAAGGAACUGCUUGUUAAAAUAGAGGAAUUUGUGGAACAAUCUAAUAAUAACAUCAGCAAUGCUCAGAAAGAGAUCAAAAAGAUAAAGAGCCUGUUACCAUUCUCCGAAAUGACAAUGGAAGAUUUCCGAGAUAUAUAUCCAGAAGAAGCUUUAGAUCCAAUUAACAAACCAACAAUAUGGCCGCACACACCUGAUGUACAACCCGAGAAUGAUCCAGGAAUGCCAAAAGGUCAUUAAUACUAUAAUGUGCUUAAAACAGCUAAUAUAUGGAAUGUAGUCCUAAUUUACUUCUAGAACAUGAUUCCAGAUAUAUUUGAUUUGUAAAAGAAAUUGUUGCUUAUCCUUGUUAUCACUGCAUAUAUUUGGAAGUAAAUUGAUGCAUUCGGUAAA